UCAACAAACAUUUUUUUCUUCACUCCUGUCGUCAUGAAAAUAAUUUCUUUGUUUUUGAUAUAUUUUUUUUAUCAAAAUCAAUUAAAAAACUAAUCCAAAUGAUUUAUUUAUUUAAAAUGUAACUAAUAUGCAAAAGAAUCUCUAUAAACUUGAUAGUAAUAAUGCUGCACAAAUUAAUUCCCUUUUGUGACAUUCGUUACUUAAUACGAUUUCGGGUGCUUCUCUGUUUGAUACCCUUGACCGUGAUUAUUUUCUGGAAGACUAAAUUUGAAUUAUUUAGUGAGUCGAAAGACUCCUCAGAGGAUUGUCCUCAUUUUGAUGUGGUCUACACCUGGGUCAAUGGUUCCGAUCCAGAAUUUACGGAAUCCAUUCGACAAUUCGAUCCACAUUAUGACCCCGCUCGAUUCGAUGAUAAGAACGAACUUAAAUACUCUUUACGUUCCUUGGAGAAAUAUGCUCCUUGGGUGAGGAAAGUUUAUAUUGUAACAAAUGGCCAAAUUCCUCAUUGGAUUGAUCUCAGCUAUGACAAAGUCUCUGUGAUUCCACACAGUGCAUUGUCAGAGUAUCCCGAAUAUUUGCCCACUUUCUCUAGUUCUGCUAUAGAAACGUUCAUACAUCGAAUCCCGAAUCUCUCGAAGAGGUUCAUCUACAUGAACGAUGACAUCUUUCUUGGUGCUCCUCUCUAUCCUGAGGAUUUAUAUACUCAGUCAGAAGGAGUGCGAGUCUACACAGCUUGGACUCUACCUGAUUGCGCAAUCGAUUGUCCUUGGGUGUACAUUGGCGAUGGAGCAUGCGAUCAGCAUUGCAACAUCCCCGAAUGUCAGUUCGAUGGAGGCGAUUGCAUCUAUGAAGACACUCAUCAAUCUGAAACCAAACGUCCAUCCACUCUCCCUCCUCCUGUCGAAUUGCCCAAAGUCGAACAACCUCGUCCAUGGAAGAAGCGAAAGCGAAACUCUUUCAAAGAUGUCAUUAAGAAGACCAAUCUGUCCACAUUUGAGGAAAUGAAGAGCAUUGUAGAGAGCUUUAAUAGCGAGCAACGCUCCAAGGCGAAGCCAAACACUGGUACUCCACAGCCAACGAAGGGGUACAAAUCGAGUGUGGACAUUUUCUCGCAAAGUCUCAUUCACACAAAUCGUCGAUUAAACAAGGAGUAUGGAUUCAAGGCAAGAAAUGUCUUGGCUCACGUUGGUUUCCUGCUGGACAGGGAUACCAUUUAUUCAAUGCAAAAUAAAUUCCGUCUCGAAGUUCAAGAAACUACCUCUCGUCGGUUUCGUGACCAAAAGGAUCUGCAGUUUGCAUUUCUCUAUUACAGCUAUGUCAUGAGUGAGACCAUGAAUCUGACUGUGAGUGAGAUUUUUGAUCAGUUCGACACUGAUGGCUCGUUGACGUGGUCUGAUCGGGAGGUGAGAACAUUUUUGUCUCGUAUUUACCCGCUGCCUCUGGACUGGUCAGCGGUGAGGUACUUUGAAGAGGUAGUUUCUAAUUGUUCACAGAAGCUGGGAAUGGGACAUAUAGAACAUCAGGAGUUCAGCACUCUGGUCUAUGAGCGCUAUGAGGACUCUAGUUUGCCAACAAUAACUAGGGAACUAGUAUGUCAAUGCUCUACUCUAGCGGAAGUGAUGGUGGACAAUUUUGCCCAGCGUCCACGAUACAAAUUCAAUAUGAAUUCAAAACGAGGGAUGCACAGUAACUUUAUGAUGCUGACAUCAAAUUUGACUGAGGUGGUAGACUCUCUUGAUCGUCUACGAAGGAGUCCAAAAAAAUUUAAUUGCAUUAAUGACAACUUGGAACCACAAUAUCCGGAAGAAAACGAACUAAUUCGUCAUCUUCUUGAGGAUUUUUAUCUUUCGUUCUUCCCCAAACGAAGUCGUUUCGAAUUGCCUGAAAGGUAUCGCAAUCGUUUUAACAACUACACUGACUAUGAAGCUUGGCGCUGGCGUAAGGGAUUAGCACUUUUUGUCGGUUAUAGUGCCAGUAUUUUAUUGAUUGUAUUUCUAUUGAGAUUCUGUUGUAUGCACAAGGCGAAGUUUGUAAGACGAUAUGUGCAAAAGAAAUGACAUUCACUCGAAAGGAGUG